AUGAGACUGACAAGAAAGAGACGAUUAAUGAUGAAAGCAACAAAAAUUAAGCCACAGAAACUGGAUAAUUUAACUCAAAACGAACAGGAUCAAGAGGAUGAAGAUUCUGAAGAAACGGAUAUUAAACAGGAAGAAAUACCUUCAACAAGUACUUCUGAAGAACAUAUUGAAAUUGAAAAAACUCGAAUUAAAAUAUGCAGAUUAUGUUUAGUCUUUACAGAAGAACAUUAUAUUUCGCUAGAUAAAACCCUUGCCAUGCUUCAAAUUGUUCUUCCAGAAGUGGAUCCAAAAAUUACUAAAGAACCAGUCGUUUGCCGUAACUGUUCUGAAUUUCUUGAAAGUGCUUCAACUUUUAUAAUAAAUAGCUUAAAUGUUGAACAAAAAAUUAAAAAUUACUAUGACACAGUUAAAACAGAAGAACAAAUAGAUUUGUUCAAUGUAUUGGAAUUUGCUUUUCCAAAAAUUGAAAUGGACAAUGAUCAUGAAAAUUUAAAUGGAAAUCCAGAUUUUGUCCCUACUGAUUUGUUAGAAAUAAAACAAUCUAAUGGUAAUGGAUCAAGCAGCCAGAGUUCUAAAGAGAAAAAGAAGUCUCCUACAAAACUCCAAGUAAGAGCCGAUUCGCACGGCAUCACCUUCUACAAUUGCGCGUUCUGUGAUUUCACAACAAAAUACAAAUACAGCAUGAAAAUUCACAAGGAAAUGAUGCACACCGAUCCGGACGACAUAAUCAUGUACUCAUGCGCCAUGUGCACAUUUAAGACAAAACACAAACGUUAUCUCGAGACCCACAUGCUUGUCCACAAAGAUCCUGAGGACUGCGAGAUGCACAAAUGCAAAGUGUGUGAGUUUAAAACAAAAUUCAAGAGCUACAUGAAAACCCACAUGCUCAUCCACAAAAGUCCCGACGAGAUCCCGAUGCACAAAUGCGAAUAUUGCAGCUUUAAAACCAAACAUAAAAAGUAUUUGGACACGCACGUGAUGAUCCACAUGAAUCCGGAUGAUAUUCCGAUGCAUCGUUGCACAGUAUGCGAUUUUCAAACCAAAUCGAAACCUUAUUUGAAAACACACAUGCUCACUCACAAGAGUCCGGAGGAAGUUCCGAUGCACAAAUGCGAAGAAUGUAGUUUUCAAACCAAAUUUAAAUACUAUCUGAACAGACACAUGCUGAUCCAUAAAAAUCCGGAAGAAAUCCCGAUGUAUCAGUGCGAACAAUGCAGUUUUCGUACCAGGCAUAAGAAGUAUCUGGAGACGCACAGUAUGAUACACAAGAGUCCCGAUGAAUUGACGAUGUAUUCGUGUAACCAGUGCGAGUUUCAGACCAAAUCUAAAGCUUAUCUAUUUAAGACGCACAUGCAGAUACAUAAAAGUCCAGAUGAGCUUGUGAUGCACAAAUGCAAAUUGUGCGCGUUUAAAACCAGACACAAGAGCUACUUGGAGACACACAUGCUCACCCACAAGAGCCCCGACGAGGUGACCAUGCACUACUGCAACCAAUGCCAGUUCCGCACCAAAUUUAAGCACUACCUCAAACGGCACAUGUUGGUCCAUUUGGCGCCUGACGAGUGUGUCAUGUACAGUUGCUACGAGUGUGAUUUCGAGACCAAACAUAAGAACUAUCUGGACACACACAUUUUGUACGUUCACAAGAGCAAGGACGAGGUGCCCAUGCACGCGUGCUCGGAAUGCGAUUUCCGUACCAAGUCCAAAGGAUACCUGAAAACGCAUAUGCUAUUGCACAGGAAUCCCAGCGAGGUUACGAUGUAUAAAUGUAAAAAGUGUAGGUUUAAGACUAGGCACAAGAGCUAUCUGAAAACCCAUAUGACUCACAUGCAUAGCCGGAAAUUGUAG